GUAUAGCCAGCUGCCUGUUGCCAUGGCAACCAGCAGUGCGGUGCCUAGCGACAACCUCCUCACGUACAAGCUGGUGGUGGUGGGGGAUGGAGGAGUGGGGAAGAGCGCUCUCACCAUCCAGUUCUUCCAGAAGAUCUUUGUGUCCGACUAUGACCCCACCAUCGAGGACUCCUACCUGAAACACACAGAGAUAGAUGGACAGUGGGCCAUCCUGGACGGUAGGGAGACAUUUUCUCUUCUGUCUCUCUGGGUUAGGGGUGCUGGUGUCCUUUAUCAAUUCUGUUCAGGAUGUUAAUGAAACAUACUGUUGUGGCACAGUAUUCCCAUAUAGUUUCACAGAUUUAGACUUAUACUAUAUGUGCAUUUGUUUGCAAUUGAUAGCUUGUUGCUUUUCCAAUCAUUUCAUAUGAAAACAAGCAAGAAGAGGAUUCCCAGUAGCAUCUUGUAACAAUGGUACCUGUAUGUUUUGUUAUUGCACAGUGCUGGAUACAGCAGGCCAAGAGGAGUUCAGUGCUAUGAGGGAGCAGUACAUGAGGACGGGGGACGGCUUCCUCAUCGUGUUCUCUGUGACCGACAAGGCCAGCUUUGAACAUGUGGACCGCUUCCACCAGCUCAUCCUCAGGGUCAAAGACAGGUGAGGGCCAGCUUUUGAUAUGAUGCGUGCCUUAUGGGCCAGACACUUACACAGGACUGCUGCUACUGUACCGAGUGCCUCCGACUGGGUUGUCUGCCGCAAUCUUUUGUGUGUUCCCUCCAACACUCUCACUGGUAAAGGGUUCAUCUACACAGCAGAUAGUCAUGCUGCUCUAUUCUGUAUCUCUUGUUCACAACAAAUGAAAACAAACAAGUCCUUCCCCAGACAAUGUUUCCAUUCCAGUCAGGUUGUCAGCUGUGUAGUGGUGUAACUGUACACAUGUUAUGUUGAAAUGAGAUGCAUCUGUUCCUCAGUCCUUCUCCUUCCUUCUGCUCUCCUUCAGGGAGGCCUUCCCCAUGGUGCUGGUGGCCAAUAAGGUGGAUUUGGUUCACCUCCGCAAAAUCACCAGCGACCAGGGGCAGGAAAUGGCUGCCAAACACAAUGUGAGUACAGUGUCAGCUCAGACAGGGAGUGGGCAGCUUGAUGUCUAAAUCCUUCAUUUUUAAUGUCUUGUUUGAUGCAGUACAGUGUCCAAAUUGAUGAAUGUACUUUUAAUGGGGAAAAAACUCAGAACCCUAGUUAUACCCUAGUUUUGAAUGGAUAAUUUUGGCCAAUAAUCUUUUAUAGUCAGGUCAAAUGGUUAGGAAAAAGUCAGGGCUGUAGUUGAACCUGUAGAAGGCCUUUCCCCACUGCUGUUGUCAGUGGCUGGGGUUGUUCUAUGGGCUGUGUGUUCUGGGCUGCUAUUCCUGGGAGAGAGGUUGUUGGGUGCAGGGCAGGCUGGGAUGCUGACUCUGCGUUAGCUACAGGGUGUAAUGUAGGCCUCUGGGAGAGACUGAGUCUCUGUGGUGGGGAAAAACACAAAUAUAGCCAAGCUUGGCCUUUACUGUUUUAGAACACGUUAUGUCAGAGGACACCACCAAGUGUGAGAGUGCAUCAAAUUAUGUGUUUGCAGAUCUAUGCUUACAUUUGUUUUUACUUGCAAAACUCACAUCCCUUAUUAUGGGGCUCUGUGCUGGAAAAACAUAAUUAGUAUUUGUUGUGUAUACCUUGUGGCACUAGCGAAAUCAAAGACUAUUCGAUUUUUUGCUUGUCAUCUUUCCUGACAAUGUUUGAUCAAUGUGUUUUUUUCUUCACAGAUCACAUACAUUGAGACAAGUGCCAAGGAUCCCCCUAUGAAUGUGGACAAGGCGUUCCAUGAACUAGUCAGGGUUAUAAGGUAGGCCAAACUUCUAGAUAUAUAAUUACUGACUUGAAGGCUAUGUUUAAGAAUGAUGAAUUAAGAAUUGUAUAGGCUUGAUCAUAAUAUUGGAUUCAAUUCAUGCUUGAAUAAGAGAGAACCACCAUUUUGGUUUCCCUUUGCAAACACACUAUAUACUGUAUAUGGCAUGAAUGCCAGCAAAAGUCUGUUAAAGGGUUGGGGAAAAAACAGUAGCUAUUUCCUGAAUUAACAGAUGUUUAAUUUCAGAGGAAUCCAGUAUGUGUUGGUGUUCGGUGUGGUCAUAUCCUGCUGGAGGGCCCACUCAACUGUUUGUCAGGGAUGUAGAGAGUUCUACAUAAAGACUUAGAGGCCCUCUAGUCUUGCUGCUUGGGUAGCUUGGCUAUCUGAUUUUAAUCCUCACCCUCCCUCUCUUUCUUCUCUUGUCCUUUCCUUCUCUUGUCUACUCCUUCCUUUACAUACCCUCAUUUCCUACUCAUUUUCUUAUUUUUUUUCUACACCCUCUUUCUCCUCCAUCCUUUCUCUCUCUUUCGCUCUGACGUUCUCUCUCUCUUCCUCCUGUGCAGGCAGCAGAUCCCAGAGAGGAGCCUGAAGAAGAAGAAGAAGAUGAAGUGGCGAGGGGAACGAUCUACGGGUUCUCACAAAGUCCACUGUGUCAUCUUG